AUGUCCAGUAAAAAUGCUAAACACAAAAAGAAGAAAAAUCUUCAAAAAUCCACAGUAUAUCAAAGCAAAUUCAAAAGGUGGAUACAAUGCCAGGUAUCCCGGGUUGUUUUUGUCACGUCAGACUGGUUCAUGAAAGACCUUCGCUUAGGAUGCAACGGUCACGGCCCGCUCCCUCGACAGGCCGCGGACUAUAUAAGGGGAAAGGAACCGGAGACGAGCUAUCAGUUCCGAACACUCCAGCGAAGAAGAAACAUGAAGGCAGCAGUAAUCCUGUGUGUGGUGGCGGCGGCGUGGGCAGCUCCCCAGGGCGGCUACAACUACCAGGCGCCCGUCGUGCAGCAGCCCGAGUAUCCGUCGGCGCCCGCCCAGUACAACUUCCAGUGGGACGUGAACGACCAGUACUCCGGCAACUUCUACGGCCAACAAGAGCAGCGCGAUGGCGACAACACCCAGGGCAGUUACUACGUCCAGCUGCCUGACUCUCGCCGCAUGAGGGUCGACUACUACUCCGACGCCAGCGGCUUCCACCCCACAGUCACCUUUGAGGGCGAGGCUCAGUACCCAAGUGCCCCUGCCCAGGUGUACUCUCAGCCCGCCCCUGCUCCUACCCAGGUGUACUCCCAGCCUGCCCCUGCCCCUGCCCAGGUGUACUCUCAGCCUGCUCCUGCCCCUGCCCCCACACAGUUCUACUCUCAACCUGGAAAAUUCACCCUCAACACUCCAGCAAUCAUGAAGGCAGCAGUAGUCCUGUGUGUGGUGGCGGCGGCGUGGGCGGCUCCCCAGGGCGGCUACAACUACCAGGCGCCCGUCGUGCAGCAGCCCGAGUACCCGUCGGCGUCCGCCCAGUACAACUUCCAGUGGGACGUGAACGACCAGUACUCCGGCAACUUCUACGGCCAACAGGAGCAGCGCGAUGGCGACAACACCCAGGGCAGUUACUACGUCCAGCUGCCUGACUCUCGCCUCAUGAGGGUCGAGUACUACUCCGACGCCAGCGGCUUCCACCCCACAAUCACCUUCGAGGGCGAGGCUCAGUACCCAAGUGCCCCUGCCCAGGUGUACUCUCAGCCCGCCCCUGCCCCUACCCAGGUGUAUUCCCAACCUGCUCCUGCCCCUGCCCAGGUGUACUCUCAGCCUGCUCCUGCUCCUGCCCCUGCCCCUACCCAGGUGUACUCUCAGCCUGCCCCUGCCCCUGCCCCUACCCAGGUGUACUCUCAGCCUGCCCCUGCCCCUGCCCCCACACAGCAAGCGGUUAUGGAAGCUGUAGUUAACAACAAUGUUAAUCUUAAUGUAAUAUUCGGGACUGAAAUGGCGAACUGUGUCUGCAUCUAUCAAUCAGAAAAUAAUAACAAAGAUUACCAUUAUAUGUUCCGUGCGUAUGCAUCACAUGCAGAGAGCAGAAUCAGCACAAAAGGUGGCAUUACAACCCUUGCAAUCCUAAUACUGGAAAUAAAUACCAUACCCCUGCGUUUCGUGGGUUUCUCUGCCACUCGGUCCUGUGUGUGGUGGCGGCGGCGUGGGCGGCUCCCCAGGGCGGCUACAACUACCAGGCGCCCGUCGUGCAGCAGCCCGAGUACCCGUCGGCGUCCCGCCCAGUACAACUUCCAGUGGGACGUGAACGACCAGUACUCCGGCAACUUCUACGGCCAACAGGAGCAGCGCGAUGGCGACAACACCCAGGGCAGUUACUACGUCCAGCUGCCUGACUCUCGCCUCAUGAGGGUCGAGUACUACUCCGACGCCAGCGGCUUCCACCCCACAAUCACCUUCGAGGGCGAGGCUCAGUACCCAAGUGCCCCUGCCCAGGUGUACUCUCAGCCCGCCCCUGCCCCUACCCAGGUGUAUUCCCAACCUGCUCCUGCCCCUGCCCAGGUGUACUCUCAGCCUGCUCCUGCUCCUGCCCCUGCCCCUACCCAGGUGUACUCUCAGCCUGCCCCUGCCCCUGCCCCUACCCAGGUGUACUCUCAGCCUGCCCCUGCCCCUGCCCCCACACAGUUCUACUCUCAACCUGGAAAAUAA